UUUAUUCGCUGAGGUAUUCUCAACUCCCAAUCUCACAUCUCUGUUGUCGCGAACAUUCCUCUCUCUUGCUAAUCCUCUGAAAUUCUCCGUCUUUUAAUUGUGGAUUUAUCGAAAAUCCAAAGCAUCCGAUAUCUCCUCUAAGGAGGUUUGUUGUGAUAUUCUAUUUCUAAUUCUAAUUAUUUCAUCAUUUUAUUUGUUGGUUCUACCAGGAGCACGUAUUUAGGUUUCUUGAUUAGGGAUAAAAUAAAUUUUGUUUUUGUCUCGCAAGGGACCUGAAACUAAUCCUUUUUGUGAAAUUCGUUCAUCACAUGGUUUUUUAGGGCAACAAGAUAAAUCCUAAUUUGAAGCUAAAAGAUUGUGGUUAGUGGUUUUUAAUUAUUGUAUUAUUCGAUCCUUAAAAUUUUUGUAUAAGGAUUUUGGGUACUGUUGAUCUCUUCAAAAAAAUUCAAGAAUUUUGUGUACUGGAGCACAAGUUUUUCAACAAUUGAACUCAUUGGGUUGUCAUUAAACAAGUUUUAAUUCCAAGAUGUUUUUAAACGAACAAUUGGAUAAAUUCAAGAAGCAGCAAGAGAAGUGUCAGGCAACUCUCACCAGCAUUGCUGCCAAAUCUUCAAAGACUUCAUCGUCUAGGGCCACACCUGUAGCGGCAUCACCUGCACCAAGGGCUCCUGCUCCUGCUGUCAAAUUUUCAAAUGAUACAGAGAGACUUCAACAUAUUAAUAGCAUCCGAAAAGCCCCUGUUGGGGCUCAGAUUAAGCGUGUUAUAGACCUUCUCUUGGAGACAAGGCAAGCCUUUACACCUGAGCAAAUUAAUGAAGCAUGCUACGUUGAUGCGAAAGCCAACAAAGCUGUCUUUGACAGCUUGAGGAACAACCCAAAAGUCCACUAUGAUGGAAGACGCUUCUCCUACAAGUCCAAGCAUGAUGUGAAGGAGAAGAGUGAACUACUUGUUUUAAUUCGAAAAUUUCCAGAGGGAAUUGCUGUCAUCGAUCUUAAAGAUGCAUACCCAACUGUGAUGGAGGACUUACAGGCUUUAAAAGCUGCAGGCCAGAUUUGGCUGUUGUCAAAUUUUGAUUCACAAGAAGAUAUUGCCUACCCUAAUGACCCCAGAGUGCCAAUUAAGGUGGAUGAUGACCUUAAGCAACUUUUCCGAGAGAUUGAAUUACCUCGUGACAUGCUUGAUAUUGAGAAGGAUCUUGCAAAGACUGGUAUGAAGCCUGCCACCAAUACUGCACAGAGGAGGGCUGCAGCACAGGUACAGGGCAUUUCCACCAAGGCCAAGCCUAAGAAGAAGAAGCAUGAGAUCAGCAAGAGAACCAAGCUUACCAAUGCACAUCUUCCGGAGCUUUUUCAGAAUCUCAAUGGCUCUUGAAACUUGAGGCUAUAUCAAGACUUUGUUGGACUGCCCAUUCAGACAGAGAUAGCCAUAUUUUGACUUGGACAUUGUGCACCUUUGCUAGUCGAGGGUUAAUGUAGAUAAGGAUCUUCUGAGAUAGCACUAAGAUGAUGUGAUUUGGUGCAUGCUUUUUAUCAAGUGAAUUGCCGUGCUGUGGUCUAAGAUUUUUUCAUGGCUUAAAAUUGCCUUCAACAACUUCAUCUCUAA